AUGUGGCUGUUCUACGAGCUCGUGAUCCCCAUAUUCCUCGCCUUCUGCAAGAGUGUGUCGAUAAAUGCUACCCCUUUGAAGAGCAGCUCUCCAUAUGUCGUCAAAGACAACCACCCUAUCCUCAUCGGUUGGCAGAAAGUCAAUCGAGCACCUCGAGAUGCUCAAUGCCAUUUGCAAAUUGGCUUGAAACAUGGAGAAUUUGAAGCUCUUGAGCGAAAUCUCUAUGAAGUUUCUGAUCCUGACCAUCAUCGAUAUGGACACCAUCUUUCGGCUGUUGAGGUUGAAGACCUCAUGAAGCCGACGACGGAGACAGAGGACCUUGUCACAGCAUGGUUGUCAGAUCAUGGAAUUGGCAAUGUCACUUACAGUCCAUCACGAUAUUGGAUCACCAUUCAAUUACCAAUUCACUCAAUAGAGACUUUACUCGAUACCGAGUACUUCGUCUAUCAACACGACGACGAUGGACUGACAGCAAUCCGAUCGUCUGCAUGGUCACUGCCUCAUCACCUGCAUGACCAUAUCGAGGCUAUACACCCAACAAAUGCUUUCAUAAACACCAAGACCAAGACACAUCGUCUCCGGUCACGUUCUGAAGUACAACCACUAGGUCUUGGAGAGAAUGGCGCUCCAUCAUACAACGAGCUCGUGGCGAUCGAUCACACACAAUUCGGUCAUAUGGAAAUUCCAGAUAUCAAGGACUUGCCAAAGAAUCCUUCUCCUUCUCAAGCUUGCAAUAGAGUUGCGACUUCGCCUGUCUGUCUUCGUACGUUGUAUGGAGCACUUGAUUACGUUCCUCAAUUGCCGGCAAAGAAUCGCAUUGGAGUGGUAAAUUUUCUGGAUCAUAUCAGUAGUGUAUCAGACAUCGGGACUUUCCUUCAGCGAUACCGGCCUGAUGCAGUCAGUGCUGGAUAUGAGAUUCAGACAGAGAAUGUUCCCCGCACCUCCGACUCUUUUACACAUGAUCAAGCAGCGGCAAGUGUGAGCCUAGAGGCUAAUCUCGAUACGGAAGUCAUCCUUGGAAUGGCAUCUCCUGUUCCGAUUACAGCGUACAACGUUGGUGGAAGUGCGCCCGCAUUCCAAAAUAGCCAGUCUGCUGAAGAGAACACGAAUGAACCCUACUUGGAAUGGCUGCAGUAUAUGCUAGCUCAACCAGAACUACCACAAGUCAUAUCUAUAUCCUAUGCAGAUGAAGAACAGACUGUUCCGCGUUGGUAUGCCAAACGAGUUUGCCAAGGCUUUGCACAGUUGGGAGCUCGAGGUGUUUCAGUCCUUGUUGCGAGUGGAGAUGAAGGGGUCGGAGCGGAUGGAAUGUGCUUUAACAACGAUGGCAGCAACAAGCCGAUGUUCUUACCCAAGUUCCCAGCCUCUUGUCCGUAUGUUACUACCGUGGGCGGAACAAGAGGUUGGGAUCCAGAGUUGGUUGCGUUUGAUGCCCGUGCUACAUUCGUCACGGGAGGAGGUUUCAGCAACUACUUCUCACGUCCAAGUUUCCAGAAAGGUGUCGUUGAUGAUUACGUCAAUGGCCUAGGAUCUCUUUACGAUGGCUUGUAUAACAGAAACGGACGCGGAUAUCCGGAUAUAUCACUCAGAGCCUAUCACUACAUCGUCGUGUCGAAUGGUAGUUCCACCAUCUUUGAUGGUACUAGCGCUUCUACUCCGGGCGCAGCUGCCAUAUUCUCACUUGUCAACGAUGCCCUCAUUUCUGAAGGAAGACCAGCGCUUGGUUGGCUCAACCCUUGGAUCUAUUCCAAAGCUUCCAAGGCUUUCAAGGAUGUCGUUGCGGGGUCGAACACUGGCUGCAACACUGCUGGGUUCCCAGCUAAAAUCGGAUGGGAUGCUGCAACUGGAUUUGGAACGCCUUGGUUUCCAACACUCAAAGCACUUGCCGAAGAACGAAGAUUUCGAAACACCAAGCCAUGGUACAUGAGCUUUUGGUAGGAUCAAGGGGUACGAGAGAGAUGCCAUCUGGAAUAUAUUCCUAAUCAUCAAGAUUUUCUAAUGAAUCUCUGAAGAGAAAAGCAAACUCGUAGAAAAAGCUAGUCGCCAAGGUUUUGGUUCAUUCAAGUGAGCCGAGUUAGUAUGUAGAGCAUAUCAGAUACAACACAGUCUUGCAAUAUUUUUAAGGGAUGGAAAUCGGUGACAUCAUCACAGUAUGAAAUGAGAUGUUGGACUCUCUUGAGUAAGAAUAGGAGAAAGCAGGAU